AUGCCUUCUAUUUGCUCGAUCCUUGCUUUCAGCGUGCUGGCUAUUCCCGCGGUCCUUGCAUCGCCAGUCCCGAACAACGAGAAUGUCAAGAGCACCAGUACAUCUACAAGCCACUCGACUUCGCAUUCUACGAGCCACUCUACGUCUCACUCCACGAGUCAUUCAACCUCGCACUCUACCAGUCACUCGACCUCGACGUCUCACUCCACAAGCCAUUCCACAAGCAAGCCAACUAGCAAGUCGUCUAGCAAAGCUACGAGCACAAGCAGCACCACCACCAAGGCCACGAGCCCCUCUAUGACUACGUCCACGAAAUCUACUGAGAUUUCGAGCUCCACUUCUUCUCCGGUCACAACCACUUCUAGCACUACUUCUUCUACCCCUGUAAGUAGCAGCACCUCGUCCACCACCUCGGCUGUCAGCAGUACCUCGACCACCACCCCCGUUGUCAGCAGCACAACGACCAGCACCAGCAGUGGCUUUAAGCUAGAAACACCUACUAAGACUGGAACUACUGGUGCACUGGCUUCUGCCACUGGUAUGGCGCAGGCGGCAGAGGCCAUUGGGCGAUACUUUGGCACUGCUGCUGAUAUCCCUGGUACUGGAGAGACUUCCGACCCCUACUAUUUGGCUGUGUUCAACGAUACCCGUAACUUCGACCAGGUCACGCCUGCCAACGUGAUGAAGUGGGACUCCCUUGAGCCGCAACAAAACGUCUUCGACUAUUCUGGAGCCGACGAGUUCGUAGCCCUUGCUAAGGCGACCGGCAAGAAGAUUCGCUGCCAUAACUUGAACUGGUAUAACCAGCUUCCAACAUGGAUCACCAGCCCAGCCGUCCCAUGGACCAAUGCCACUCUCAUGGCAGCACUCGUGAACCAUAUCGACAACGUCAUGGGCCACUUUGGUGACUCUUGCUAUCACUGGGACGUCGUCAACGAAGCCUUCAACGACGACGGAACCUUCCGAAGUGACAUCUGGUACCAGACCAGUGGGCCGUCUUAUAUCGCCGUCGCAUUCGAGGCCGCCAACGCCGCUAAGGCCAAGUACGGCCUGUCGACCAAGCUAUAUUACAAUGAUUACAACAUAGAGUACCUUUACCCCAAGUCCUACGCUGCACAGGCAUUGGUUGCCAAUUUAACAGCAAUGGGAAUUAAUGUCGAUGGUGUUGGACUCCAAUCCCAUUUUUCAAGCGAUUUUACCCCAGGUCUGGCCUCUCAGCAGUCGAACAUGGCAGCUUUCACCGCACUCAAGAAUGCAAACGGCGUUAACGUCGAGGUGGCUGUAACCGAGCUUGAUAUCAGAGUACAAGAUACGGGCUCCGUAUCUGCUCCGUCCGCUAGUGUGACUGCGUCUGUCCAGAGCCAGCAGGUCAUGUUCUACUGGGAUACUGUCAAUGCUUGUGCCACAACCACGGGCUGUGUUGGCGUGACAGUGUGGGACUUCGAUGACACUUACUCCUGGGUGCCGGGUACCUUCCCAGGCUAUGGCUGGGCUGAUCUCUACUACCAGCCUGGUGGUGCGAACACCCCUUUGGUAGGCAAGGCUGCUAUUGAUGGUAUUAUUGACGGGUUCCAGAACGUCAUGCCCGGCACAUACACAUAG